UUUAACAAAAGACAUAGGUUCUUUUGAAAAAAAUGUGUUUUUCCGAAACAAAAUAUUUUGAUGACUCAUAAAAAUUAUAAUCACAAAAAUGAGUUGAUUUACGUUAAUUGAUUAUCCAGUAUAGAUGACAAACUGCCAAAACUGCUUCGAACCGGAGUAAACUAGAUUAACCAUAGAACCGUCCGGUUUUAAAAAACUUCCGGUUCACGAAUGAACAAAAUUUGAAUUGCUUUUUUCUUCUGUUCUUCCCAUAAAACCAAAUCAGAAAGUGAGAUAUUAGAAAACCUAAUAUCCUUUCUCUUUCACACUUGAGUUUGCAUUCAAUUCGUUGGACAUUUCUCUGAUUCACAGUUCGUCACUCCGUACGCUGCUACACCGUCACGCCCUUCACCUUCGCACAAUUAGGGUAAGAUGGAGACAGAGGUAGUGGAUGCUGAGUUAGUGUUGCCAAACUAUCUCAGUUUUAAGAGAGUUCAAAUGUAUGAUAAAUAUCCUAAAGGCCAAUCGAGAGGCCGGCACUGGAAACAUCUUAAGCAGAUUAUUCAGGCUGAGAAUUACCAGAAUUACCCUCCUGAUGAACCCAAUUAUGUCAAUAUUGAGUCACCCCCUUCCAUGCAUCCCUGCAAGAGAAUUUGUGAUAUUACUGGCUAUGAGGCACCUUACUAUGAUCCUAAGACUAAUCUCCGGUAUGCAAAUACUGAUGUUUUCAAGACGAUCAGAUCGCUUCCUAAUGAUUAUGUGCAAAGAUACCUAUCUCUGAGGAAUGCAGCAGUCGUUCUUAAGUAGUUCUACCAUUUACCUUGUCUUCUGAGACACCUUAUUCUCUUCUCGUUCCUUAAUGUUUUGUUUUAACUAAUGCUGUAUUGAAUCUUCUUCCAUGUUAAAUAGAUUUAGAGGGUGUUUAGAAGAGCCUACCAUAUGGAUGAUUAGCAGAAUGUCUGUAAAUUACUUAUAUGGAGUUAAAUUACGAAUAUCAGUUGCCUAA